GAGCCCCUGAAACAUGUGGCUCUGUUGAAGAGAUCCCCCGGAGCCGCCUUCUCCCUGGCGGGGGACGGGCUCUCUCGGGGUCUCGCCUAUGCCUCGGGAGAAAGAUUCAAGCCCCUGCCCACAUCGCCAUCAGUUUCUGAGAUACGGGUAUGCGUCGAGUGCUGCACUUUUGGCGUCUAUGAUCAGUGGCUGGUGUUUGACUUCGGCAGCCGUCCAGUGUUGGUGCGAAAGCUCCGGGUUACGGUCGGCAAGAAAGAACCUCACUGGCACGUGGACCCGGCGGCAGAGCAAAGCAGCCAGUUCGUCGACUUCGAACGCUGGCACAGUGGCAACCGGGUGGUGGUGCCCAGCGUCUUGCGUAGCAGCAAAGUCACAGAACUGCUGGCCAAAUACAAGAUCCCGUCGCUCUCCCUGGAUUUCAAGCGUGGUGCCGAGAGCCUGCCGGUCACCCUCUUCAACUACCGCGAGCAGAUGCACAACUUCCUGUUCAGAGAGGAAGAGGCGGAGCAAGCUCUUAUCGCGAAGCUUAGCUUGCAAGUUGACGUCUCCCUUCACCAGGCAUUGGAGAACCCUUCCUUCGGGAUGAAGUUUGCCCUUACAGGGGAGCUGUUCGCUCACGUCCCCACCCCUUGCUCGGUGACCCCUGACUCCAAGGAGGGAUACCUGCUUCACCGCUCCAUCCAGACCGCCUUCCUGGCGCUGGAUCCCCCCACGAGCAACCGCGUCUACGAGGUCAGCGUUGAGACCAAAGCCAUCACCGAGAGGAGCAUUUGGCUUCUGCUCCCCAAGCGCUGCUGCUCUGAGCUGGGCCUCAAAAGCGGGACUUCCGUCAAGGCUGAAAUCCAGUUCCAGCUCAACCAGCUCGAGUUUCGGCAGUGGCAUCACGCCGCGGAUCAGCUCUUGGACGUGAGGCUGGUCCUUCCCGAUGUGGCAGCCUGCUCCAUUCCGCAGCCUCGUGAGCAGGUACAGCUGCCGGGGGGCAACGGGAAGCAGAGACAGGCCUUCUCCUUCAUCACGGGGCAGGCAUCUGGGCCCCGGCAAGUGCCCCCCCUCCUGAUUUAUGGGCCUUUCGGGACUGGGAAGACCUUCACCUUGGCCAUGGCCACCUUGGAGAUCAUUAAGGAGCCCAAGACGCGGGUCUUGAUCUGCACCCAUACCAACAGUGCUGCGGAUAUAUAUACUCGUGAAUACUUCCACGACUACGUUGCAUCCGGGCACCCAGAGGCCAUCCCACUCCGGAUAAAGUCCACUCUCAGGGAUGUCAAAUCGACCGACCCCAUCACGCAGCGCUAUUGCUGCCUCUCUCCCCACCAGAAUUCCUUCCGCUUCCCCACCAGGGAAGAGCUGGAUCGGCACCGGAUCAUUAUCACCACUUGCACGCUUUCCCAGGAUCUUGGGGUGCCUGCUGGUUAUUUCAGCCACAUCUUGAUCGACGAGGCUGCCCAGAUGUUGGAGUGCGAAGCUCUGGUCCCCCUCUCCCUUGCGACUUUGCAGACCCGCAUCGUCCUGGCCGGGGACCACAUGCAGAUGACCCCGCAGCUCUUCUUCCUACGAGGAGGCGAGCAGAUGGCCGACCACACCCGGCUGAACCGUCUCUUCCAGUACUACCAGAAGGAGAAGCAAGAAGUGGCCAAGAAGAGCAGGAUCAUCUUCAACGAGAACUACCGCUCCACCGCCAGCAUCAUCGACUUUGUCUCCAGGCACUUCUACGUUGGCAAGGGGGAUGCCAUCCAAGCCAUGGGCCAGAUCCCCCCUCACCCGGAGUUCCACCCGCUCAUGUUCUGCCACGUGGCGGGUUCUGCUGCGCGGGACGCGUCACAGACUUCCUGGAUCAACGCUUCGGAGAUCAUGCAGGUGGUGGAGAAAGUACAAGAGAUGAGCGAGAAGUGGCCAGAUGAAUGGGGGGAGCAGGACCUUAAGAGGAUCUGUGUGGUCUCCUAUGGAACCCAGGUGCAGGCAAUCCGGCAGGAACUGAGAAAGAAGCGCCUGGGAGAGGUGAUGGUAGAAAGCCACGAGAAUCUACCAGGCAAGGAAUUCCGCUUAAUUAUCCUGAGCACCGUCCACACCAGGGAGAGCCUCAGUAGCAUCAGCUCCCCCAACCUGGACUUCUUCAACAACGCACGGGUGCUGAAUACGAUCAUGACGAGGGCUCAGUCUCAGGUCAUUGCCGUGGGGGACGCAGUGGCCUUGUGCUCUUACGGCCAAUGCAGCAAGGUCUGGAAAGGCUUCAUCAAGGAGUGCAUAGAGAAGGGGACGGUGACUCCCAGGACCCUGAUGCUGGAGGAGAUACGGCAAGCAGUGUGUGACCGGGCCAGCUGGAACGGGGCUAGCCCCGAGUCCGAAGAAGCAGAGGAAGAAGGAAGUGACACCAGUUCCUGGUUUUCGAGCUCGGAGAGCUUGAAUGUCGACGAUCCCAUCUUGCAGGAGCUCUUGGACGAGAGCACGGACGCCGUGGUGACAGUCUCCAAUGAAGGGCUGCUAAAUGUGGGGUCCGAGGCACCCACGGCCCGAAGCGGCAUCCGGGAAUACGUCAGCUUCCCGCAGGAAAUCAUGCAGAACUACCUGCGCAUGCAGCCCAGUUUGUACAAGCGCUGCGAGUUCAUCAAGGAGGGCUUUGAUCGGGCGUCCGCCUUCACUCUGGACAACGACCCUCCCCUGGCUAUCCAGAUCAAAGGCAGGGUUCACUGCGGAAUGGCUUUCACGGGGGACCAGGUCUUGGUGGAGAUCCUGUCGAACAACGCGGCGGCCUCUAACCCCGAAGGGGGUUUGCACGGGAAGGUGGUCGGCGUGCUGAAGAAGGCCGAGUGGGAACGUACCUUUGUAUGCAUGAUGGACGAGUUUGAUCCUCGCGUCAUGAUCCCCAUUGACCACACGGUCACAAAGAUCUUUGUCCCGGGGCUGAAAGGCUCCCCCGACGUCCUCCCCAUCCGCCGAACGGACAAAGCCGGGAGGAUCCAGCUGGUGAAACGCGAGAAGAUAUCACAGGAACUCAAGAAGAAAAGUCUUUUUGUUGUCGAAGUCCUCAGCUGGCGGGAAGGCUUUUACUACCCUCUGGGGAUCGUUACGGAACGGCUGCCGAUGGCGUCGACUCUAGAGGAAGGGCUGCGGAUCCUCGGCAUAGAGUACUGUCUCAAAAACCAGUUCUCGGCCUCUGUGAAUAAGGAGGUGGCCAAACUCACCUCUGGAAAGUUUACGUCGGUGAAAAGCGGGCGGAAAGACUGCCGGGAGUACCUUACCUUCACAGUUGACCCCACAGGUGCUAAAGACCUGGAUGAUGCCAUCAGUAUCAGAGACUUGGGUGAUAAUUACGAGAUCGGGGUCCACAUCGCCGACAUGGCAUCCGUGGUCCCCAAAGGCUGUGCUCUGGAUACAGAAGCCAAGAACCGGGGGUCUACUUUUUAUGCUCCUGGGGCGGAACCAGUGUGCAUGUUCCCACCUCAGCUAAGUCAAGACUUCUGCAGUCUCCUUCCGCAGAAAGACCGGCCCGUGAUCUCUCUCUUUGUCUUGGUGAGCAAGGAGUCGGACGAGGUGGUGGAAGUUCUGUUUAACGUGUCCACCAUCCGCUCGGAUCGGCAGCUGACCUAUGAGGAGGCCGAAGGGAUCAUCCACAGCUGUUACAGAACAGAAGCCCCGUCACUUUGUUUUAACACCCUGGAGCACUGUGUCGCGGUCGCGUACCACUUCUCCCGAGCUCACCGGUUAGCCAGGCUCCAUGAAGACUGUUACUAUCAUCAACUGGACGAAGAUAGCUCUCUGGGCCAAAGAUGUUCUCACCAGAUGGUGGAGGAAUUCAUGAUCAUGUUCAACAGCUUUGUGGGAGAAUUCCUCACCACUAGGGAUCCCACCGGAAAAUUAACACCUCUGCGGUGUCAGAGCGAGCCCAGCCCACAGCAGAUUACUCAAAUGAGCAACAAGUACAAAGAUAUCAUCCCUCUGUCCAUCCACCUCUCACACCAUCUGGGAGCUCAAACCACUGGAGACCCCCUGGAGACUGGUAGCGAGUUUGUUCUCCUGACUCCAUUGUGGGAUCAUCUCAGGUCAGCCGCGGGUGCCCGUGAUUUCCCCAAGAUGCUUGACCUGAUCACAACAGAUGACAUCCACCCUAAACUGGUGCCUGUGAACUUGGAGUUCCGGAAACUCCUGAGCCGUUCCUAUUUUGUGUGCUCCAACUCGUCCGCCCAGUCAAAAGUGGGCCACUACUCCCUGCACGUGGACACUUACACGUGGGCUUCCUCUCCCAUCCGACGCUAUGUGGACGUUGUGGUCCAGCGACACCUUCUUUCUGUGCUGUUGAAGAGCCCAGUCCUGUACUCCUCAACGGAGAUCGAGCUCCUUUGUCACGAUUUCACCUGGAAGAAUGGAAUGGCGGCGGCCUAUGAGAAGAAGGCCCACUCUUUGGAGAUGGCGGCUCAGUUGAAGCGUCAGGUCCAGCAGAAGUUUGCUUUCGUGAUGAACGUCGAGGAGAUGGCCAAGAACUGCAAGGUCUUGUUCCCCCUGAACAAGGACACCCUUCCAGACCCUCAUCCCAUCAACUACAGAGCUCUACAGUUGGUCGAGCAGCCCGUUUUUAUCGCGGAGCGAAACAGUAUGACGCUGAGAUGGAAGAGGAGAACCUACUCCAUCAGCACCAAAAAGGACUGCACCCCCAAGUCGUUGACACUUCGGGACGGUGCCGUCACCCUCUUCAGCAUGGAAGUUUGGCGAGAUAUCCUAGAGGCUGUCAGGAACAAAGAUUAUGGGAUGGCGGCCUGCCUUCUCGAGGAAGGUGGCAGCAAACAGUCGAGAAAUGUGGGGAGGAUGGCGAGAAGCCGGUGCUCACAUUACGUAGAACUGUCCCGGGAGCUCACUGCCGGGGACGUCUUGCACCUCCAGCUCACGACAAGCGUCCAUCGGGGUUUCUUGGUGCCGUGCGUACAGCUGUGGGCCGUGGCUCCGGGCUUCGACGUGUGCCUGGAGCACACCGAGAAACCCGUCGAAUGCUUUUCCAAGUACGCCGCGCAGGCUUCCAAGAAGAGCUAUAAGGAUGCCGAGGAGUACCGCAGAGUGUGGCUGCCUCUCUGCGACAUGGAGUCGGCUUCGUGCGCCGUGGCGGCAAAUGACUCCAUCGUCCUUUACGAUGUCCCCGUAAACUGGGAGAAGAAGAGGACAAGGGAAGGGAAGCUCCAGGGGACGUUUUCCUUGACCAAACAGUUCCUCAAGGACUGCGCCAUUGAAGUCGAUUUCCAGAACUGCUACCUGUGCAUCCGCCUCGAAGGCCUGAAGCGCAGCAGAGACCAGGACGACGUGGAGUCCCUUAGCCACAGCCUCCACAACCUCAGUUUGGCCAAGAAGAACGUGGAGACGGACAAAUUGAUGGUCGAUCCGGCAACGUACACUUGGGUGGCCCACGGGCGUACCGACGAGUUUAAUGACGACGGUAAAUCUGAUCGCCGUGAUGAAAAGAUGGUACAGUUCUACGUCAACUUCAUGUCCACGGAAAACAUCCCUGUCGAGAUCACCCAGAAGGUCUCCCGGUUCACGGUGGAGCUGAUUCCAAAGACGCUGCCUGAUGUCCGGAAGGAGGACGCCGUCUGGCGAGUGAAACACGCGACUGAACUUGCGAAAAGUAUAGCGCUCGGAAAGAAGGUCCCCGAACAAAGUGAAGUCUUGACACGCAUAAGCUUUGAUCUACCAAGAAGCCACAGGAGACUCAACCCUAGCCAAAACCGUGCCAUUUUUGAGGCUCUGAGGAAGCCGUUUACGCUCAUCCAAGGGCCUCCAGGGACCGGGAAAACCGUUGUCGGUUUCCACAUCGUUUACUGGUUCCACCAGCUGAAUCAGGAGACCAGGAGUACUGAAGUCAAGGAGGAAGCACAGAGCCACAUUCUGUACUGCGGGCCCUCGAACAAGUCCGUCGAUGUCGUUGCGGAGAUGCUGUUGAAGAAUAAAGAACUGAGGCCCCUGAGAGUGUACGCCGAGAGUGUCGAGACAAUGGAGUUUCCCUACCCCGGGAGUAGCUUACACAUCUCUCGGAAAGCAAUGCGCGACACAAAAUCCAAGCCGGAGAUCAGGGAUAUCACUCUACACUACCGUAUCCGGCGUCCCCCAAAUCCUUAUGCGGGAGACAUCUGUGCGUUUGACGCCCGCGUGAGAAGAGGAGAUGUGAUCACAGAGGACGAAGUUGAGAGCUACAAGCGUCUUCUCCAGAAAGCCAGUAAACAUGAGCUGCAGGUCCAUGAUGUUAUCCUGUGCACAUGCUCGGCCUCCUGCGCCAAAACUUUGACCAACGCCCUGAAUGUCAAGCAGGUGCUCGUUGACGAGUGCGCCAUGUCCACCGAGCCAGAGACCCUCAUCCCGCUGGUGAGCCACGAGAAAGUGGAGAAGGUGGUCUUGCUGGGGGACCAUAAGCAGCUGCGGGCCGUCGUCCACAAUGAUUUCUGCAGGGCCCUGGGCAUGGAGACCUCCCUCUUUGAGCGCUACAAAGACCAGGCCUUGAUGUUGGACGUCCAGUAUCGCAUGCACAAAGACAUUUGCCGGUUCCCGUCCAUCACCUUUUACGACGGCAGAUUGAAGACUGCUGUCACCCGGCAGUCCAGCCUCCUCUUCCACAGCGGCAACAACUGCUGCCCCAUCAUCUUCGGCCACAUCGAAGGCAAAGCGAAGAGCCUUAUGGUCUCGACAGAGGAGGGGAACGAGAACUCUUGGUCCAACCCCGAAGAAGCAGAGCAGGUGGUCAGGAUCGUGAAGCAGCUGACCCUGGACAGGACCACCAGGCCUGAGCAUGUCGCUGUCCUGACUCCUUACAACGCCCAGGUCGUCGAGGUCAAGAGACUGCUCUCCCAGGAAAGGCUGCCGGAUGUGACCGUCUGCACCAUCAUGAAAAGUCAAGGCAACGAAUGGAGGUACGUGAUCAUGUCCACUGUACGGUCCUGCUCCCGGUCGGGCAUUGACAAGAAGCCCACCAUCGCCUGGCAGAAGAAGCAUUUAGGGUUUGUGACGGACCCGAACCAGAUCAACGUCUGCAUCACCCGGGCGCAGGAAGGACUCUGCAUCAUUGGCAACCGCUACCUCCUCGAAAGCAACCCCUUGUGGCGGAGACUUGUGCAACAUUACCGGUCUCAGAGAUGCCUCACCAGCGCCGCCGCGAUCCAGAUCAGGAGACAGCCGGCCGGCCACUGAAAGAGAACGCAGCACCGCCUGGAGAAACCCUGGCACAGUUCUGACGCUCCCUCGCCCCCCUCUCUGCCUCUUUAAAGGAUACGCAAAAUCUGCUGAGGGGCACCGGAUCAGUGGCCUGUUAUGCCAGCCAGGCUCUUCCAGGAAAUUCUCGAUGUGCCACGAGCCGCAUUCUUCAAAUAACCUUGAACCUUCAUCUGAGGACCAUAUUGCGUGGACGGCCUGCCUCCGGUGGCCCAGGUAGCAUUAUGUAAGGCCAUGUCUGGAGGGCCAGGGUGCAUCCGUUCAGGCUUUCUCUCCUUCCGGACUAGCAGUACAGUGCUUCCUGGUUGUACUGCGACACUUCCUGUUAGCGUUGACCAAUAGCAAAACCACCCCA